GGUGACCAAUCAAAUUCCUCCGUUGGUAACGGACGAAAAAAUUCAGGAAGUAGCUUACAGCAGUUGAAAGUGUUUAUCCCAGGAAGUGUUAUCCAAUGUUUCGGGUUUUUCGGAUGGAAGAAACACAGCUAAAACAGAUUUUUCUGUUCAGCAGAAAAAUGUCUAAAAUACCUACUGAAUGUGGCGCGGCAGAUGUUAAAAACAGUGGCGACAACAGGUCGGUUCAUUCGGACACCAUCCAGGAGGUUCACAACGUUCCUAUUCAGGUGAUCAUCAGACCUUUUCCCUCGGAGCUUGACGAGCAGAAAGUCCAAAGUCUGAUGGAUACAAUUAAGGAGACGUCAGACAUCAGCGUUGUUCCUCCUAUUGAUGUUCUCUGGAUCAAAGGCAGAGAGGGAGGAAAUUACUACUAUUCCUUCGGAGGCUGUCACAGGUUUGCUGCCUAUCAGAGGCUCCACAUGCCAACCAUCCCAGCCAAACUCAUCAGAUCAAACAUCUCGGAUCUCAGGACUUACUUGGGGGCUUCAACGCCUGAUCUACAAUAAUUCUUUGGACUUUUUCUCAUAUUAACUGCUAUAUCAGAAGUGUCCAACUCUAGUCCUCAAUUGAAUUAUGAAUUUCUGCAGAUUUCUAGUAGUGAGCCACUCAUUUCAUCUAAGUUACAUGUGUAAAACUCCAGGCUCGUGGUCCAAAUCUGGUCCGCCGAAGCUUCUUAUGUUGUCUUCUAGAUCAGUGGUCCCCAACCUUUUUAGUACAGCGGACCGGUCAAUCCUGUGCGCACGUUAUAAGUAUCGACAUCGAUGCUGUUCUUUCUUACGACGGGGGUUGGGGGGAAUCCUCACAACGCGUCGGUCACCGUUGUUUCUUACUCAUUCUGCUGCAUGUUGCCGCGCAAGACGUAACCGAUAGCAUCCGGUUUAGGAUUUUCAAAAUAAAAGCUCCUCCAGACUCAAUACGUACAAUGGACAUAUUUAAUUAUUUCUUGCGCGGCACGGUACCAAUUAGUGGUGGUUGGGGUCCACUGCUCUAGAUUCCAGAGGGAUACAUAAAUAGAAACUUCAAGACAACAGUUGUAUGAUUAAAUAUUAUUUUAUCAAUCAAAUCACUUUUUUUUUUACAUGUAUACUGCCAAAUUACAUCCGUCAGUCCCUCCAAUUUUUUGCGACUGGAGGGACAUUCAACAAAUUCAACAGAUGCAAUUUUUUACGUUAAUAUAAAAUUGUGAGUUUAUUGCAAAUUUUCCACAAAAGUCAAAAACAUUGUGUUAACGUGAUGCUAACUCCCACCAGAAGGUGGCAGUCUGUUUUCCUCCUACUACUCUGCUCCCUCAGCCUUAUUUGAUGUACAAGUUAUAGUCCAUGAAUUAUAUGAGUUAAAUAAAAAAGGCUAAUUUACUUUCAGAUAAGCAAAAAAAUUGCAAAAUUCCUUGCAGAUAUUUCUAAAUUGGCUCCACAGAAAUGUCUGUGACUUUUUUUUUUUUUUAAAUCACAAAAACAAUUAUGAAAUCCAGGAUGGACUAAUCAGUGUGAAAAGAUACUCAAGAAGAACUUGCUUAAUGGAGACAAACUAUUUAUUAAUAUUUUAGCAGUUAAUGGGUUUAACCUAUAUAUCCUGACAUAACUGGCCGUUUAAGAAAUAGAGGUUUAAAAAUGGAUUUGAAACCCCUGAUUUAGAUGUUUUCAAUCAUUAUAAUAUGUAAAAUGCUUUUGACUCCAGACUUUAGACGUCACAUUACCACUGUUUGCACGGGAGGAUCAUACUUUGACUGCCAGCUGCAGCAGGUGAUUGUAAUGCACAGGAUGUACCAGCAGGGGGAAACAAAGCUCUGGACACAUUCCUCAUGUCAAAUCUCUGCAUGUUUAAAUGUUUAGUUUUAUUAAUCAAAUACUUCUCAGUAGAUUAAAGUUGUAUAUACCUUCUAAAAUUUGCAUAAGAAACUGAAUCGAUGAUUCAUUAUGUGGUUGAUUGUUUUUCUAUUGUGGCAGGUUAAUUUUGUUGUAGUUGUUGAUUUAUUUAAAUAUUUUCUACUUUAUUUACUUUCAUUUGACUUCAAUCAAGUCAAAUGAACAACAGAAACAAAUUUAUAAAUAUCUUCUUAUAUUGAACCUUUUUUUUUAUUCCAACCAGAGCAUGACUGCUAUUUUCUAAUAUAUUUUUUUAAAAAUUCUGGUCUGGAAUGAAAAGAGUAAAUUAUCAUUUUAAUUAGCCACACAUUCCAUAAAAAUACCAAUAUUUUAAUCUAUUUUUUUAAACAAUGAUUUUUUUUGUUUGUUAGACAGUUGAAGUUUUCAGAUGUUCUCCCUGUUUCUUUACGCGCAGUCGGCUUUAACGCUGACAUUGUAGACAGCACGGGAGAUUAGAGACCAGAUGUUUUGUUGGAGGAAUCAGAUGUUCAGAGAAUAUUCUGAUGACACAAUGCAAGAUGCUGUUGAGUCUUGCAAAAUUAUCCCAUUCUUCCUGUCAUCAGAUGUCUGUUUCCAUCGUCUCUUAGAAGGAUAAAAAAAAUCCCCCUAGCAAAAUAUUUACUAAUUCAUGUUCAAUUUAAAUAAUUUGUGUUAUAUGCAGUGCAUAGCAGCAAUAAUUUCAUAAAUACAUAAACUUCCCUAUGUGUGUUUUUAUUUUGAGUCGUUGAGAGUGGAUCACUAAAUCAAGUUGGACAGCUGCUCUUCUGCCUCUGCCUCGGCGGAAGGAACUGAAGUUUUGCAGAAUAACAUAGGUAAAAUAUAGACGAGGCUUUUCCGACGUUAGUGCUCUCACAAUGUGAGCUGGGAGCCGUUUGACGAUCUCCCUUUGUGGCCAUCGAGGAAAUGAAGGGCGACCCGGGGCCAGCUUUAACCGACGGGCCCAAAAGGACUCUGAAUCGUCGCGUGUGAGAAGAUUUCCUGCAGCUCACUCACUGUCUGGAAGUAACCAUAUCCUCAAAGGGGGGUUUGACACGCAAUACCAGUCUGAAAAAACGCAUUGCACCUGUUGCUGCUGGGACCGCUUUCCAUGGGUGGUUUUACACGCUUUCUCUUUGAGGAUUUCAACCAAUCAGAGGGCCAAGGGGGAGGAACUGGUUCAGGCUGUGUGAUUUUAUUAUUUUUUUUUCCUUUGUUUUGCUUAAUGUCUGUAUUGUUUGUUUAUUUUCAAAAGUGUUGAUUAACUAGAUUAUUUAUAAAUUGCUUACCUACAUUUUAAGGUUUAGUUUUUAAAUAUAUAUUCUUUACCCUUACUGUAAAUUUGCUGGAAAAAGUUCAGUUUCUCAUGAACAUAAAAAAAUAAUAACAUACAGAUGUGGAGAGAUCCUUUGCUCAUAAAUCUGGUGUAGAGAUUAUUAUGUCUCAUAAACUGGAUCAUAAUUGUUGAAGCUACAGAAUUAUUAUCAGACUGGGACAUGGUUGCCUUGGAGCAAGAAGGUCUUGGGUUCGAAUCCCAGUCUAGAGCCUUCAUGAACUUUCCAUCUUCUCCCUGUGUGAGCAUGGCUUCUCUCCAGAUACUCUGACUUCUUCUCACAGUCCAAAAAUGUGCAGUUUUGUUAAUUGUUUUUUUUUCAGUUAAUUGGUAAGUGGCCAUUUUUUCAGGGUGUGUUAAUAAUAUCCUUCAUAGAAAGAAUAAAACAUGUGGAAUGAAAAAUUUAGAAAAAAUAUUGGCAUUUUAUUUGAAAAGUGAUGAAACUGAUGAAUCUUUAUGAUUACGUUGAGAGAUUAAAGGUGGAGUAUUAUGUAAAAUAGAUUUUUUUUUUCUUUAGCUUUAUGUUGUGUUAUAAAGUUCUAUCUUCAAAAACAUACC